AUGCCACAAUUGCAACUUCCACUGUUCAAACUGUCGUUGGCAAUCAAAUGGAAUGUCCUACCUUGUCAGGAGCAAGGCUGGAGAAUGAAUCAAGAUUGGAUUCUUGGCGGCGGCAUGCUGCUGGCCCAAUCCUGCUUGUUCGGACGAGACGAUUGGGAAUCCCAGCAAUCCUUUGUGGAUUUGGCAACUUUAUUUUCAACUCCCCUUGACAAUUCUGGGUAUUCUGAUUCGGUCUUUUUGAAUCCAAUGGCAUUGGCGCUUUUUGAAGACCCAGCAUGGUAUCAAUCCAAUUAUACCUUCGUCUACUCCAAAUCAACCUUUAGCUUGGGCGCUGGCCACUACUUUGUGGAGGAAAUUUGUUUGAAUCGUCAGGAAAACGAAAACAAUGGAGGAAUGGUAGCUGGUGUUGGAACUGAGAUUCCGAAUCGUUCCAAAUAG